AUGCCUACAGUUCUUAUUCCUAAACCACUACCCCACUCUUACCCGCUACAUCUCUCUUACUCGCUCUCACAUUCUCGCCCCAAACGCCAUUCCAUACCCUUUCCUCUCGCCUCUCUCCCCUUUGACAUCCUAACCCACAUCCUUUCGUUUGCCAUACAACCUUCGCCUUCUUCACCAACCGUAUAUUCCUCGCUUGCGUUAGUGUCUCGAACAUUUUUUUAUGCUUCGAUUCCUCACAUCUGGAAUCAUAUUUAUAUUCAAGAACCAACCUACAAAAUACUGUUCUCGAUAUUGCAUACACCAGUAGAAAAGUUAACGUACGAUUACAGGAAGCUGGUGAAAAGCGUAACUGUGUGUCCGGUAUCAAUAUCACGAAUGAAACCAGGCGGGUUGAUAGGUGUAUUGGAAAUGGUCAACGAAGUAUUGACUGAGGUUAGAGAAAUAAACGUAGAGGACAAGUUGAGCUUCUGUCAUGUGUGUCAUAUCGGUUGUGAAGCUACCACGCAGGAAGUAGGCUCUUGUUUAGUGCCAGCGAAACCUCUCUUAUCAUUGAGGCUUGAUUCCGAUCAUACUUCUUUCAGCGACGAUUUAUUAUGCUUGAUAUCGUCUUCAUUGACCUCAUUGAAGAAAUUAUCUUUGAAUGGUAUAAACUUUACGGACGAGGGAAUAAUAGAAUACGCCAUUCCGGCCGUGAGCGAUACGUUGGAAGAAAUUAACAUUGGAGUGGGAGUAAGCGGUAAAGCUAUGAUCACCGGAAGAAGCGUAGUGGAAUUAUUGUCGAGUUGCUAUAAAUUAAGGAACAUGACGCUCGAAGGAUGUGAUUUGACAGAUCAAGACUUUUUUAUCGAUGCUCUUCCGCAAUGUAACUUGACGUAUCUCUACAUUGGGAAAACCAAAACACCCUUCUCGUCAUUCUCGCUCCAAUCUCUACUUUCCACGUGCUAUUCUUCCCUACAGACGCUCAUACUUGACAUUGACCAUAUUUCUCCAAUUGUCCUGCUCGACAUUAUCAUUCCUCUCUUCCGCAACUCGAAUUUACACUCUUUACAUCUCAUCUCGGAAUCGUGGACACAUUGGAUUGCACACUAUCCUAACCCGAAGAACGACCACGAAAGGAGAGCAAAGGAAGCCAUGUGGAGAUGGAAAUUGAAGGCGUAUUGGGGUUUAUCGUAUGAAACGAUCAGAAUGGUAGCCGAGGAGGUUAGAACGCUGCGCGUAUUUAGUAUAUUGGGUGAGAACCAAUUGGAAAGGAACGAGGGAGAGGCAAUAGGAGGAUGGGCAAUCAAGGGAAGCUGGUAA